UGAUGCCAAAUUUCACCACUCGCUCAAUAAUUGACGGCAUCGGAGGCAGGGAUUCGAAGCCGGUGGAGCCGUGGGAGAACUACGACAAGUAUGUGUCGCAAGCUGAGUCGGUGGAACGGGUGCUGAACCCUAUCUUGUCUGUGCUGAGUAUCAUUCUAAACACAUCUCUCGCUCUCUACAUUCUGUCAAAGAGUGACCUCAGAAAAUUCACAUUCCUCAUUGUAGCUUUUCAGAUGUUGGUGGAUGGCUUAAUCGUAUGUCCAGUCAAUCUUCUAUGUCUCAUCUGUCGCUUUCAUUACCCCAUUUGGGAACAAUUCGGAUUCCAUCAAUCUUACGACAACAACUCCGACAAUAACGGGUCCGACAGCAACAAUACCAACAACACCUAUAACAUCAACUCGGCUGACAUUUUUAGAUCGGACAAAGCGGGUUGUUAUUUGACAGCUGUGUAUAACGGAGCUAAUAUAACUACCACUUCGCCUGUUUUGCUCUUUCUCUGUGUCGAGAGAGCUUUGCUGAUUCUGUGUCCGAUUGAUGGGAAGAUAAUGGUGAAACGGUUCCGAAUGAGACUCUUCGUCACUGUUAACAUCGGAACCUCGUUGAUCUACACAUCACUGCUGUUUCUCGGUACUAACUUCGACACCGAGGCCAAAACGUGCGACCUCACACUUUUGGGGUUGAACCGAACAGUCUCGGCUUUCAUCUUCGUCAUAAUGUUCUACCUGGUUCCUCUAUCUGCUAUGGUUAUACUGUACCCUAUGAUCGCAAAAAGUCUCCUCACAAACCGAAUUCCCCUUCCCGCCUACCGGGUGGCAAUAAACAAACGAAUAUCAACGCUUCUGAUGAUCUCGACUGCUGCUUUUGCGUUGCUAUGGGCACCUCUUAUGAUACCUUCGUUAUGGCAAGCAAUUGACACCGACUCCUUCGACCAAUUCAGUAUCAAAAACCCUUUUAUUUUCAAAGUAUACGCCGUAUGCAACCUUAGCAUUCUCUUAUACUCGGUUGUGAAUCCUUGUAUUUUUGCAAUGAUUACUCGCCCGAUACGAGAGCCACUGCUAAACGAGGCUGUCGACUUGAUAGCUAGACGAACGAGUCACCGGGCGAAGUCGAAGUCGGGUUCGCACUGUGACCCGAAUAACAUCAGCUUGCAACCCGAUUCUCCGCCGAAUAACGGGUACAGACAAUCGUCGGUAUAAUGACAACAACGGAUAACCCAAUCCGACCUUUUUGGAGAUCAAUUUUGUCAAUAUUACAAUUUUUUAAUGGAUUUCGAGACCAUAAUUGUUUUAUGCUUCAAUUUCGGCGUAUCUACGGCAGAUGAUGACAGCAUGAAAGAGACUUUCAUAAAAGAUAAAAAGAACACAGAUGUUUACGGGUUUUAUGUUUUUAAUUGUAUAUUGUUUUACUUUCAUUCCUCUCCAAUUUUGAAGAGCUGAUCAAACCGCACCUCCCUCAAAACUACCUUUAUCCAUCAAUAACGACGGCAAUCACAUCUUGUAAUACUAAGCGUUAAAGCAGGUGCAAGAAUAUAAACCUAUUAUAACCUCCUAAAACUCCUUUUAAUCUCCACUAAGAUAGUCAUUAAGCAAAAAGGUUUAGAGUAAAAAUGCCGAAUUACAAGAGUGCCGACCGAAAACAAAAAAAAAUGCUCAAGAGUGCCUGAAGUUAUUUUCAAAACCAUCUUAUCGUAUAUAACGGGCAC